ACAGUUCGCUGAUGCCGCUUGCAGCUUACGGUUUUCCUUGAACCUGUUGGAUUUUAUUUUUUUAAAUAACGGUAAAUUAAAGGCUUGAAUCAUGAGUCGCAUGACGGACCGGAAAGAACGGUACAACAUCCUGAACGAACUGGCCGGGCUGGCACAGUGCCUGGUAAACAGAAACAUCCUGAUCGAUCUGCGGAAUGAAUCGUCGGUGGCCGGCCGUAUCACCAACGUUGAUGGAUUUAUGAACAUUUCAAUGGAGAACGUUGUGCUUAUCGACCAGCUGGGGAAGCACUUCCGAAUGGAGGAAUUCAUGAUAUAUCCUCGUUACAUCCGGUACAUUCACAUACCUGAAUCGCUCGAAAUAGUUCCAGCCCUCGAAGAGCACAUCAAACGACAGACGACCCGUAAACCCCGGGCCCCCGUCAAGCGAACGUACAAGAUGAAACGAGCCCAGCUGAACCAACAGCACACGUUGGCGGAAAUCAACGCGGCAAGAUCGACGGACACUUCCAAGGAUCAAUGAAAGUGAGCUAAUCAAUA